UAUGCUCCAAAACUCAAAACAAUGACACCAGUUGUGUUCCAAUGGCUUCUGCUCUUUGUUACCACCUUCUUCACCACGACCAUCUUGGGUGCACCACACGGGCUGAGUCCUAUCGAUCCGUUUCUAAGAGAUUCGAACGUCGGUUUCGCGAAUGUGAAGCCUUUGAAGGACGUCGAAACCUUUUUCUAUAACCAAACGCUCGACCAUUUUAACUACAACCCGCAAAGUUACGCCACUUUCCCACAACGGUAUUACAUCAACUCUAAAUGGUGGGGUGGUGCUAACAAGAACGCACCAAUUUUCGCUUAUCUUGGUGCCGAAGGACCCUUGGAUCGUGACAUCCCGAUCAUCGGAUUCCUCACUGAUAACGCCCCUCGUUUCAAGGCCCUUUUGGUCUAUAUAGAGCAUCGGUUUUAUGGAGAAUCAAAUCCAGUUGGGUCGAUGGCUGAAUCAGUGAAAAACAAGACUAUACGUGGGUACUUCAAUUCUGCUCAAGCAUUGGCCGAUUAUGCAGAGGUUUUGUUGCAUGUCAAAAACAAAUUACGUGCACAUCAUUCUCCGAUUAUUGUUAUCGGAGGGUCUUACGGUGGAAUGCUUGCCUCAUGGUUUCGUCUCAAGUAUCCGCAUAUCGCGCUUGGUGCUCUUGCUUCCUCGGCUCCAAUUCUUUACUUCGAUAAGCUCACUCCUCAAGAUGGGUAUUACUCGAUCGUUACCAAAGAUUUCAAGGAAGCUAGCGAAAACUGUUAUAUGACGAUAAAGAAAUCGUGGAACGAGAUCGAUAGAGUUGCUUCAAUGCCAAAUGGUCUUUCCAUUCUUUCCAAAAAAUUCUAUACUUGCUCGCCAUUGAAGAACUCUGAUGAGCUCAAGGGGUACUUGGAUUCCAUGUAUGCUUACGCAGCUCAAUAUAAUGCUCCACCAACGUAUCCGACGACCCGAAUUUGUGAAGGCAUCGAUGGAGCAAGCAAUGCCACUGAUAUUCUUGAUCGCAUAUCUGAUGGUGUUAUUGCGUAUCAACCGUUCAGUCCAUGCCACAAUACGACACGUGGAGUUAGUCAAACUUCCAUUGGAUGGGGAUGGCAAACGUGUAGCGAGAUGGUGAUACCGAUUGGCAUAACCAGUAAUGUCAGCAUGUUUCCGAGCCAGCCUUACAACCUACAAGAAGUGAUUGACAAUUGCAAAAGCGUGUAUGGUGUCACGCCUCGACCUCACUGGGCCACAACUUAUUAUGGUGGUUAUGACAUAAAGUUAGUGCUUAGCAAGUUCGGCAGUAACAUCAUCUUCUCCAACGGCUUAAGAGAUCCAUAUAGCAGUGGAGGGGUGUUGGAGAAUAUAUCAGAUGAAGUCCUUGCUGUCUACACUACCAAUGGUUCACAUUGCUUGGAUAUAUUGGCCUCGAGUAAAACCGAUCCUGAUUGGUUGAUUAAACAACGGAACGAUGAAGUGAAGAUCAUUAGAAGAUGGUUGACAAAAUACUACCACGAUCUUCGUUUAUUAAAGCAAUAAUUACGUCAUAGUAUGUUUGAAACAGAUAAUUUAAUAGGAGUCUAUAAUAUUUAUUACACGAUUUUUUUGUCAAUUUGAAUCAUCGUUUUCACGUAUGAUAUAACAACAUUAUAUAGAAGUUAUUAUGC